AUCAAAAAGAGGUGUGAGGUGUAAAAGAAGAACUUCAAGAAACAAAUCAAGAAUGGGUGUUAUUAAGUGGCUGGCCAUUCUGGUCUUUCUGAAUAUAUAUUCACAGGCCGCGGGACAAUCAGACAUCAAGGUAUCUGUGUUCUCUGCAACAUCCAAGACGGUAAUUCUCAGGUGGACCAGCUAUUCCGGAGCAACCUCCUACAAGAUAUCUGCAGCCCUCUCGAGCUCACAAAACAAUCCGGUCGCUUUUGCCACGUUUGGUCCAAAUACUGUGAUGGGUUCCAUAAGCUCUCUGUCCCAAGAUGUUGCAUAUGUCUUUACUGUUGAAGCUUUGGAUGCUAACCAGAAUGUGCUAAGCCAUGCAUCAACCCAGACAUCAACAGCUCCUGAUAUGAUGGAUCCCAUCAAGAACGUCAAGCCAAUGGACAGCCGGACCUUGAUGGUGGAUUUUAACCCAAAGACAGGGGCGAGCUCUUACAUCAUACGAGUGGAGAACAGCAAUGGCUUCUUCAGAGAGGAUACGGUGUCCUCCUCCCCGGCAGAGAUCAAGUUUCUCAACCCGUACACUGAGUACCAGCUCAGCAUCAUGGCUGUAAAUGAUGCAGGCCGGAGUCAGCCAUCAUCUCGCCUAGCAGCAAAGACAGUGUUGGCACCUCCUCAACUCUCCACCUCCUCUCCCAGCAAUGACAGCAUUGUUGUAACCUGGCCUCCUGUUCCCCACGCUGUGCAGUACACAGUGUCCAUCUAUAAGUUUGGCUCCAACACUCGGGAUAAGUACAACACAACCAACACCAACCUGACCUUCCCCGGCUUGGAUGCCGGCUCCCUGUACGUCUUCAGGAGCUCAGCUUGGGACGCCGAGGGCCGAGAGGGAGAGGGAAGUUUGUACAUCAACCAGACUACUCGACCUCCAACUCCAUCCUCUGUCAAGGUGUUGGUGGUGAUGAGUAACAACGUGGCCGGCCUCGCUGUUUCCUGGGAACUCAACGAAGACGUCCACGGCACCGUUGAGUAUCAGGCGACAAGCGACCAGAACCUAAACUGCAGCGGCUCCUCCAGCUCCUGCACGCUGUCACCAGUGGGCUGUGGAGAAGUACACACCGUCCACGUCACGGCCUCAAACCAAGCGGGUCCCAGUCAUCCAUCCAGCCCUGUGGGCUUUGUCACCUUCCCCUGCCCUCCAGAGUCUCUGACUUUUGCGGAUUCGUCAGAAGGAAACUGCACGCUGACGUGGAACACGGUACCUCACGCAGACGGCUAUGAGGCCUCCGUCAAACGAGACGACGGCAGCGAGGCGACCUGCAACUCCACCGGCAACAGUUGCACGUAUCAGUGCCUGUGUGGCUACACCUACCUGAUGUCCGUGUCGGCGUACAAUCAGGCUGGCAGCAGUCCUGAAGGGAAGAUUCUCAACCACACCACAGUGCCCUGCUGCCCGGACAAUGUGUCUGUUUCUGCUGUGAGCGCCGACACCCUGGAGAUUACCUGGGCAGCGUCGCGGGGAGCAGAGCUGUACCAGACUCGGGCGGCUGACGUCUCGGAGGUCAUCCUCUGCAAUGACACGGCUCCGGUGUGCGCCCUCUCUGACCUCAGCUGCGACAGCUCCUACGCCGUGCUGGUGACGCCCUGCAAUGAAAUCAGUGGCUGCAACCGUGCCUGCAAAUCCCACACCACAGACACAGCUCCCUGCACGCCAACAAACCUGGUUCUGAAUCUCAGGAACUCCUCCGUCAUCAGUGUCAGCUGGACAGCGAGCAACAGGGCUGCGAAUUACACCGUGAGCGCAGACGGGGAGGACGGCAGGCGUACCUGUAGCACCAGCGGAAGCGGCUGUGACGUCACCGGACUCACCUGCGGCUCUAGCUUUGAGUUUAGCGUGACAGCAACCAGCAGCGCGGGGCAGAGCUUACCCAGCUUCUCCACCUCGCUGGAAACAGAGCCCUGCUGCCCAGCGAGUCUGAAUGUCGAACAGGUGACCCAGGCCAUGUCCAACGUCUCGUGGUCUCACGCCAAAGGGGCGCAGUCGUUCAUCGCCUCCCUGACGUCACCGCGCGGACACGCCCGCUGCCACACCCAGGACUCCCAUUGCCUCAUGGGAUGCAUCACCUGUGGCACGAACUACACCGUCACCAUGGAGGCGUUCAGCACGAGUGGACACGCCUCCAACUGCUCCUAUCAGGGCUUCUCCUCCAGCCCCUGCUGCCCAUCGGGCGUCAAGCUCCAGAUGUUGGCCGGUAACUCUCUGCGGGUUUACUGGCGGAGCGCAGCCAGCAGCCACGGCACCAUGGUGGACAUGGUGGGCACCAGCAACUAUACCUGCACCGCAUCGCCUGGGCAGAACAGCUGCGUUGUGGAAAACAUCCAGUGUGAGGGCCCGUAUCACGUAGCUGUAGCUCCGCUCACUCCAGAGGGCAGCAGAGUUCUGUUCUGCCCCCGCAGACUCUACUCAGUCACCUGUGCAGGGAGCAACAUCGGCUCAGUCAUUUACAGAGGAAAAAGAAGUGUCGACUAGCUUCAAGACUCUGGUGGCGAAUGCAGUUCAGCUCCUCUUCCUCCUGCAUAACCUCUUCCUCUCUUUUGACAGACAUGAUAUUUUGGCCAUGAUUCAUGAGCACAUAAGUACCCACGAUUAAGGAAUAGUUUACAUCAUACUAUAAAAACCUAAUGGCCGACUAAAACAUCAAGAUUCGAAAUUGCGUGAAGUUUUAAGGCAAAGGCGAAAGUGGCUUUUUCUCACAGCAUGUACUGAGAUUAAACAUUUAAUCUUAACUUAAAUUAAGCUUGUAUCUGAUUUUACCAACUAAUGCAUGAAAUUACAGACAUGUUGGGUUUAAAAGAAUAACAUUGGCGGAGAAUAAUCCCACUGAAAGAGAGCCACGUUACACAUUCCUCCGUUUUAUUUCAAUAAUAAACAUUUUGACUUUUAAACAAAAAGGUUAAUCUGUAUUUAUUCAGUCGUCCCUAAGCAGAAAGCCGCCUUGUAAUGAAGCAGCAGAGCCAGAUCUGUGCUUUCAGUAAAACUUCCAGUUAGCAAAAUGAUUUUUCAGCGCUGCUUCUGACUGCUACGCUCAUUUCAAGUGUGUUAAAUGUGUGUAACUGUUUAAAACCGAUGCAUGUUUCUGUCAUUAAACAUAA